AUGGGCUCCACAGUUCGAAAUCAUCUGUUCCUCUGUCUGGUGUUUUUUAUAGGCUCGUGCAAUCGGAAAACCUAUUUAACUGCUGAAGGGGCAAUGGUAGAAAAACCAUCCUGUUUUUUUCCGAGUUUCCUGCAAGAAUCUUGUUCUCAACCCAGCAAAAUUUGUAGACAUUGGUUGCAAGUAAGACGGCUUGAAAAUGAAGGAAAUAAUGCUUUCUACGGGAAUGUAAACACUGAGAGAAGUGGAGAAUUGUCAUGGAUCUUUAAAGGUGGAAAGGUUCAAAUAGUUGCUUUAAAGUCAUCUCCUUCAUGGAUUUACCCACAGGAGUUUCGAUGUUGGGAGAAACGUGCUCCGCAUGUCUUUAUAAUUUUAUCUAAGAAAGCUACAAACAAGAAUGAUACAAGAGUGAGGUAUUCCUGUAUAAAGUUUCGAAAAAGGGGGCGAAAUGUGGUCGAAUAUCAACAGUCUCGCUGGAGAGAGAACAGUUCAGGUUUAACUUGUAAUUCUCGGAGUCUAAUUACUAAUGUAAACCCUUUGAUACUAAGCAAUAUGCAAGAGCUACCCAGCUGUCCCGCUGAGCUGAAUGGAGGAUUUCAAAUUAUGCAACUCUACAACGGAAAAACAGAUGAAAGGUGCUUUUUCAACAAUGACAAUGAUACAGCCAUAUUCGAGUCGGACUGCUUGGGAAUGGAGGGUGUUAUUGUACAACUACCACUACAGAGAAACUGCUCCUUGAGGAGUAAGAAAUCAGAAAUUGGGCUGGACUGGCUUCGCUUUCUUUGCUACAGUGCUCCGUGGAAGGAUAAUCAAUUUACAUAUUUUAUAGUCAAACGACAAAAGUUUGGAAGAAAAGUAUCCCAUGACAGCAAAGAGUCAGUCUUUCUUUGCGCUAGGUUUCAGAGAGCCGAUGCAAAGGGAAAAAAUAGAGAGAUUCAAGUGGAAUUUUUUGACCAACCAACAUGUUGGCGAAAUUUGUCGGCCGCGUCAAUUUUCCUAAGAAUACAAAUCAGGAAAAGGAUGACUUUUGACCAAUCAACGAGGGAUCCAUCUGAGCUGAAUAAAACGCAAUGCACCUUCCCAAAAAACCUUCAAGGAAUUUGGAGUGAAAAAUCUCAACAGAAUAAGCUUCGGAUGAUGGUUAUAAACGAGACCAUGGUUGAUAUUUCUCCUUAUGGCAGGUUCCACUGCAAGGAUCGGUAUUUCUUCCAGCACCAGGCUCCGUACAAAUGCAGUUCAGUAGUGACCGAGAAGUGGCCUGGUACUGGGCGCGCAAGAUUCCACUUGAACGAUUAUUUGCUGUUGUCAAAUUUCUCCAAUGGCUGUCGCUCAAGAAUCACGCGCUUUGGCGUCACUGAAGCAAUCGGAAAUGACGUGUUGAUUUACAGACUUUCACAAAGUGUACCUGUAGAACGCAAAGUGAAAAAUUCUGACGUAUACUUUAAGUAUCAUAUUCUGAAACAGUUCUGCUCGAGUUGGCUUCCGUAUAUAAAAGAUCCUUAUCCUAUUUGGGGUCGAAAUAUCGAAAAAAUCGCCAUGAAAAAUCCAACCAGAAUCAAACGGCCUUGUUUACUUCCAGCUCUUGGUAAAGGAAUCUACCAUUUUAAGUCGAUGUACGCUGACCAGGAUGAGUGCAGUGGACCAUCUUCGCGCCUCCAGUUUGGAUGCGAAAGUUCAUUAACAUUUAAAGUGAGGUAUGAUCCAAGUUGUCGUAAGCCUAAUCUUUCGCUUACAUGCGUCGGAAAGAUCCUGAAAAUUGGCGAAUUUUCCUUAGUUCAGGACCUGAAGAGUAAGAUUACGAGCUGCGUGUUUUUCGAUAAAGAAAAAAACCAUCUAUUUCGUUUAAACUCCACCCAGUGUUCUGACCUUGAGUGGGGAAAGCGACCAUGGGAAGAGAGAAACUUUGCGGAAAAGUUUGUUCUCCAGUACUAUGGGAAAUGCCCCUUUACAGCUGCCAGUGACUCUCCAGUAACUCGUAUGCGAAAUGGUUCACAUGAUUGUCGCACCUUUUUGGCGACUAUAGUAUCAACUUGCUUUUUGACUAAGUAUAUUCUCUCUCAUCUCAUCUAA